AUAUAUCUCAUAUAUUGUGUCGAGUUUCCAGAAUAGUGUAGUAAAAAAAUUGACGCUAAUUGUCAAAUUAAUUUAUGCAAGUGAAUUUUUUUUAUUUGAUUCAAAGCUAACUAUAUUUAUUAAAUAAGAAAUUAAAAGUUAUUGAUUGCCAUGACUAUAUCUAUUUGGGUAGGAGUUUUACUCCUAUUUGGAGGAUGUUUAGCUUAUCCUCAAACCUCUAAUGUCCCUACACAGUCAUCACCAUCUCCAUCAAAUCUUUUGUCAUUGAACGUGAAUACUAAAAAAGUUGCAAAUGCAGUCAGUGAUCAUUUUUUAAGUAUUACAAUAGAACCCACUAUGAUAUUUUCUGCAAUACAAAACAAUUUAGGUUCAAUGGCAAUUAAUAUGGCCAAAGCAUUAAGUCCAGCCUAUGUUAGAAUAUCUGGUCCCGAAUGUAAUAGUUUUAUAUUCCAAGGGUUACAAGAUUCAUCUCAGUCAUCACCAUCAAUCCCAAUAAAACGCGGAAAAAAUAUAACUAUUACAGGCUGGCAUUGGUCACAAGUAAAUGACUUUAUAGCUCAAACUGAUUUGGAUUUGGUUGUUGCACUCAAUGUCAUGAAUAGGCAACAAGGCACUUGGAAUCUCAGUAAUACUUUAGACCUUAUUUCUUACUCCGACAAGCAUUCUUAUGAUAUGGCAUUUCAACUCGGACAUGAUUUGCAAUCAAGUGAUCAACAAAUUGAUGGAUUAGCUUUAGGAAAGGACGCAAUGAGGCUCCGAAAAGUAUUAGAGGCAUUUCCUAGAUAUAUAAAUACCCCAAUUGUAGGGCCAGAUGCUAAAUCUUGUGAUACUCAAGAUGAUGCUAAAUACUUGAAAAGUUUUAUUGGAGAAGCUGGACAAGCUCUUACAGCAUUAACUUAUCAAGUGCCUUUUGCAAGUGAGAAAAGUAUAGAAAAUCCAACUGAAAUGUUGAAUUACAUAACAAAUCAAAUGGAAGCCAAAGUAUGGCAAAAAGAUUACAGCAACAAGUACUUAGGAAAAUCAAUAGCUAAAAAACCAAUUUGGAUAGUAGAAUCUGGAAGCAAAGACAGAAAAGGAGAUUUCACUGAUGGACUAAUUUGGGCUCAAAGACUAGUGGCUGGAGCUAAGGUUGGAAUAAAUGUCAUGAUGAGGAAACCUUCAUUAACUUCUUUACAAGAGCCAACACCGGAUUAUUGGGUUUCUAUUUUACACAAAGCUUUAAUAGGAAUAGAAGUUUUUGAUGUAAAAAUGCAAUCUAUAAACAAAACGCGUUUAGAAACAGUGGCUCACUGUACUAGGGAAUCUUCUUUUAAUCCAAAUGAAGGUAUUCUAGCACCAGAUUUUCGAUACACUAGAGGAGCAUUAUCAGUUUUUGGUGUAAAUAUGGGAACAGAAAAUGUAAAAAUAUCACUAAAAACUGGAAACUUACAAAGUGUACCCGUGCAUCAAUAUCUUUUGACAUCUAAUAAUAGAAAAAAUAAAGACAAAAGAGCCGUUAAAUUAUUAACCUUGCUCAAUGGACAAAAAUUAAGCUUGUCAGAUGAUGGAGAUCUCCCAAUUUUAUCACCUAAAAUUCGGGAAUCUAAUCGAAUUAUAACUAUACCCAGUCAAUCUGUAUUUUUCUUUGUGUUACCCGAAUCAAAAACUAAGGCUUGUAUGGCUAUACAGAUUGAAGAAUUGAAAACAGGACCUAAAAAUUCACUUUCUGAACUCGAAGAUUUUGAAAGUGUUGAUGAUGAUACACUUUUAAUAGAUCAAGAUGACGAAUCGAUUUCAAAUGAAAAAAAUAACUUUGUUUCUUUUAGAACUAAACAUGCAAGGAGCAGUGGUGACUAUAAUAAUAAGAUGAAUGAAAAACAAGACAACACAAAAUUAUAUAAUAACGACAUGAAAGAUGACGAGGAAAACUAUUCAGAACCUAUCGUAAAAUAUGUUACAUUUUCAAAUAACAACUGGUUAUCAAAAUUCCCUAAAUCAUUGAAAAAUCCAGAGUAUAAUAGGGAAAUGCCAACAACAGCUGAACCAGAUACAAUUACAAUGGAAAUCCCAGUUGAACAAAGUAGUGUUAGUGUAACUCCAGCCAAUACUAGAAGAGAAAAAUACCACAUUUUAGCUCAAGCAGUUAUUGGUAAAAGGCAUCCUGACAAAAAAAAUCGUUUGGAGUGUCUUUUAAAUUCUGAAACGUCAACCGAAACCUUAAAAUCUAAUCAAAAAUUAAAAAUCAAGAAAAGAUCCCUUGAACAAGAUUUUAACCCAAAAGAAGUUGAUGAUUUAAUAAAAGCAUUUACAAGCAUACCUGAUGAACCAAUAAAAGAACAAACAAAAUUUGAUACAAUAUCCGACGAUGACGUUAAAAUUCCAGACAUUCCAAUUGAUAACCUAAAUGAUAACUCAGAUAGACUUAAAAGAGAAAAAACAAAUCAUCCGACAAUCCCCGAAUCUCAAUCAGAAAAAAAAUCAACGGAGCCACAAAAUCCUACUGAACCAACUCCAACAACAAUAACUACAGAAGGAAAGAAAAACUUAAAGAUAGAAAGUUAUAUUCAAAAAAUUAAAAGCAGAGCAGAGCAAGCAUUAGCAAAAGCUAAUGAAAGGGUUUCACAAAGACAUCUUCGAAAGAAACAAAAUGAAUAUCCUAAGGAUGUUAUUGUAAGCUCAAGUCAAACUUUUGUAAAAAAUGAAGAACCAUUACCAAAAGAAAGUUUUGAAGGCACAACAAAAUCUCCUGAGUUAUCAGUUAGUUCACUUGAAGCUACAAAAGAUAAAUCUGUAGAAUUGUCAGCAUUAUCAAAUUCUGGUGAAAUUGAAAAAAAAAGUGAAAAGACCGAUGAAAACUUAACAGUAAACCAUGAUCAAUCGUCAACGACUACAAUUGAAUCCAGUACAACAAAACUAUCAAAAUUAUUACCAACCAUUCCUAAAGAAAUAAAACUUUCUGCACCAAAAAAAAUUCAUAAUGCACGUGAUAUAGAAGAUAUUGAUAAUGGUAAAUCGAAAAAACGAGAAAGCCGACAAACAUUAAAAUCAAAGACAACACCUUUAUUAAAACAUGUUAAAACGUCAAAAAAUGUUGAUCGUUCUCAAACUGAAACAAAUAAAAAAGUUUCUGAAGUAAUAAUCGAUAAUAUUCAAGAAGAACUUAAACCAAAAAUGCAAUCCGACAAUAUUGUUAGUCCAAUCGGUAAAAAAGGAGAGAGAACAUCUAAAUCCGAAAAACGUCCUGAAUCAAAUCAAAGUAAUGUAGUAGAUAAAUUAAAAGAGAUUAAGGAUAAACAUAAAAUGAUUAAGGUUGAGAUGGAACAAAAGAUCCGGGCAGCAAGACCGAAAUUAUACAAACGAUCUCUGGAUAACAAUAUAAUCGAAGAUGACAUGAUGGAUAUAAAUGGAAUUUUAGAGAAAGAAAGAUUUGAGUCCAAUGAUCUUGACGUAGAUAUACCCUCUGUUUUAAAACGUGAAGCUUCUCGAUAUCCAAGAUCUUUAGCAGACCUAACAUUGAAGUUAAAUGAAGUCAAUACUUAUGUGGACAAAAAAAAACAUAAUGAAGAUCCAAAAACAAAUGAAAUACUUGAUGAUGAUUUUAACCCAAAAGACUGGAAAAUUACUAAUGAUAUAAGACAUUCAUAUGAUGGUGAUUUGAAGAUUAAAGAUAAAUUCAAUACAUUAAAAAAUAAAAAAAUAGACUUAGAAGAUAUUAUCUUAGAUGAAGACAAGCAUACCAAUAAUACAUUGGUAACUUCAUUCAUAAAUCACAUGCACAAAGUUUGGAAAUAUAUACUUAAAACGUUCCAUUUAUAAUUUUUACUCUUUUUGAAAAAAGAAAAAAAUUGACUUGUAUAUAUUUAUUUGUUUAAUUUGUCAUUAUUUAUUUAUUUUUAUUUAUAAGCAUUGUUUUUUAAUUAAUUAAUAUAUUAACACAUUGUACUAUAAAAAUUAUGAUAAUGCAAUUAAGUACUAUUUUUUAAAUGAACCGUUUUUUCUUUAUUUGUUACAAUGAAUAAAUAGUAAUCAAUGAUAUUAUAA